CUGAGGCUGCAGCAGAUAUACCAGAGUUUAAAGCCAGGCUCUGACUCGUUUCAAGUUGAGACUGUCAAGAGAAUUCAAAACGCAUCGGAAGCAAUUGAUUUCCUCCACAAUUUAGAAGACCUAAGCAGAUGGACUAACAAGUACGUUGUUCUCGACUGUCCUACGGAUAUGGCAAAGGAAAUUGUAAUAACGCACGUACGAGAUAUAACGAUGGGGAAAAGGACAUACCAUUACCUCCUUAGUGGUCUUAUAAUGGACGACAGGUGGGAAAGUGAGGUUAUAGAGUUCGGAGCUAUAAACAUAACCGGAUUUCGGAUAGUCGACUCGUCGAGAAGGUACGUCAAAGUUUUCAGCGAAGGCUGGAGACGCCUGGAUCCAGCUUCCUCUCCAGGAGCCGGCAGAGAUACGAUUUCGGCCCAAGCAGCACUUAUGUACGACGCUGUUUUCGUCCUGGUCGAAGCCUUCAACAAACUUUUGAGGAAAAAACCAGAUCUCUUUAGGACCAACAUCAGGAGAGGACAGAUUUUUAACAACGGCAGCAGGGGGAUAGAUUGCAACACGAGCCGUGGGUGGGUCACCCCCUGGGAGCACGGGGAUAAGAUAUCCCGCUUUUUAAGAAAGGUCGAACUCGAAGGUUUGACAGGAGAAAUCCGGUUCAGCGAAGACGGCCGUCGUCAAAAUUACACACUGCACGUCGUCGAAAUGACCGUCAACAGCGCCAUGGUCAAGGUGGCAGAAUGGACGGACGAAGCUGGAUUUCAACCUGUCGCCGCUAAGUACGAAAGACUAAAACCACAAAGUAACAUAGAAAGGAAUAGGACUUACGUCGUCACAACAAUUGUGGAAGAGCCGUACAUAAUGCUGAGAAAAGCUGAGCCAGGAGAGACGCUGGUGGGUAACGACAGGUUCGAGGGUUAUUGCAAAGAUCUUGCAGAUCUGAUAGCAAAGAGGCUUGAAAUUAACUAUGAGUUGAAGAUCGUCAAAGACGGCCAGUACGGAACUGAAAACCCCGAUGUCAAAGGCGGUUGGGACGGGAUGGUCGGAGAGCUCAUAAGAAAGGAAGCUGACAUGGCAAUAGCUUCGAUGACAAUUACCUCAGAGAGAGAAAGGGUUAUAGAUUUCAGCAAGCCGUUCAUGUCUCUGGGAAUCAGCAUCAUGAUCAAGAAACCUGUCAAGCAGAAGCCAGGCGUGUUCAGUUUUCUCAACCCCCUGUCCAAAGAAAUCUGGGUCUGCGUUAUAUUUUCCUACAUAGGGGUGAGCAUAGUGUUGUUCAUCGUGUCAAGAUUUUCUCCGUAUGAGUGGAGAUUGUUGAGCUAUGGAGACGAAGCACACCACCACGGUUUGCACCACACGGUUCCACCGGGUCCGGCAAACGCGGCCAACGUACUUGCAAACGAUUUCAGCAUCAUGAACAGCCUUUGGUUCUCUCUGGGUGCAUUUAUGCAACAAGGGUGCGACAUAUCGCCGAGAUCUAUAUCAGGAAGGAUUGUAGGAAGCGUAUGGUGGUUCUUUACACUCAUACUUAUUUCAUCUUAUACUGCCAACUUAGCUGCUUUUCUCACUGUCGAGAGGAUGGUCGCACCUAUAAACUCACCAGAAGAUCUAGCAUCUCAAACCGAAGUACAAUAUGGCACACUUUAUCACGGCUCGACAUGGGAUUUCUUUAGGAAAUCGCAAAUCACGCUUUACAGCAAGAUGUGGGAGUUCAUGAACUCUAGGUCGCACGUCUUCGUUCGGACGUACGACGAAGGAAUAAAGCGAGUGAGACAGUCGAAAGGAAAGUACGCGUUGCUUAUAGAAUCGCCGAAGAACGAUUACAUUAACGAGAGGGAGCCGUGCGACACGAUGAAAGUCGGCAGGAAUCUAGAUGCAAAAGGUUUCGGCGUCGCGACUCCUCUGGGAUCUCCUUUAAGGGAAGUAGUUAAUUUAGCGGUCCUGUCGUUGAUCGAGACGGGAGAACUUGCAAAACUGAAAAACAAAUGGUGGUACGAUAGAACAGAGUGCAAACACGGCGAUAAGGACACAUCGAGAAACGAAUUGUCGUUGAGCAACGUUGCAGGGAUAUUCUACAUAUUGAUAGGCGGACUCAUUCUCGCCAUGGCUGUUGCUCUUCUUGAAUUUUGCUAUAAAUCUCACACAGAAGCAACACGAGCAAAAAUACCCCUUUCGGACGCUAUGAAAGCCAAAGCCCGUCUGACCAUCGGCGGGAGAGAGUACGACAAUACCAGAAAACGAGACACCCUCUUUCAGUACUAUUCGUCGGGAAACGCAAUAAACCAGCCUGAAAGCGACCAGCUGCACAGCAACACACACACCCAGGUGUGAUCCGCUACGUCAGAUAUUUACUGAAAUCACAAAGUGCCAAGAGAGUGCGUGCUAUCAUAGUUUUAAAACUAUUCUGACUUAAAUGAAAAAAAACCCUGAAUUUAUGGUCAAUGUGAAGUGAUAAAACGGCCGACUGGCCGUGUGACACAAAUUUCUAAAAAAAAUCCAUGUGAUAAUGUACUUUAGUAAAAUUUAAAAGUGGAAUAUUUUAUGUUUUCAAUUUUGUCAUUAUUGUAAGCAAGUGUGUACAAUACUCAUAUUAGUAGAUUCCUUGUGUUACCGAGAUCUGAUUUCUACCAUAAGUACCAUGUAUAGGGAUGUCAUUUCCUUAAAUGUUCAAAAUUAUUUAUUGACAAUGUUUUACAUGUGUCCUUUGUUUCGUUAAAAAUCAAAUGUCAUUGUUAAGAGAGAAAUUGAAGAAAUGAUACCAGCGUAAAUUUUUUUCUUAAUUAGGACAAAUUGUAUUGCAACACUUUUUUAAAUC